AUGAAGCUCCCCAUCCUAGUGACUCUAUUUAUUACUCUGCCCGCGCUUUGCGUGUCUAGCAAAACUCCUUCCGCGCCUACGAUCUCUGCAUAUCCGAAAUCUCCAGGGAACUUCAAGCCCGCCUCUGGACGCCAGAACAGCACAAGCAAUGUCUGUGAGGUCAAGCCGAACCAAACAGAUGCUGCCCCUGGUAUUCUUGCCGCAGCCCACACUUGCAACAAUGGGGGCACCGUUUUCCUACCACCGGGUGACUUUGUCGUCGCAACCGCACUGGAUCUCACAUUUCUAAACAACAUCGAUUUUGCCAUCUGGGGCAACAUCACUUUCAAAAAGGAUAUCGAUCUCUGGACAACCCAGGCAUUUCAAUACACAUUCCAGACUGCGAGUCUUUUCUGGCGAUUCGGAGGCAAUAACGUGAACAUCUACGGCGAUGGGAAGGGGGUGAUUGAUGGAGCUGGUCAAUACUGGUGGAGUGCGAUGGCUGAGGAUUCCAGUGUCAUGCGUCCUUGCCUCCUGGGCACAGACGGACUGCAUCAUGCCACCAUUUCUGGGCUCACGAUGCUCAACUCCCCAAAUUGGUUCAACCUGAUUGCAAACUCCACGGACAUCCUCAUCAGUAAUAUGACAAUGUUGGUGGAGAGUGAGAUAUCGGAUGCUCCAGCCAAGAACACAGAUGGCUGGGACAUCUACCGCAGCUCGAAUAUCGUGAUCCAAGACUCAAGAAUUGUCAACACGGACGACUGUGUAUCGUUCAAACCAAACUCCACCCAGAUUGUCAUCCAAAAUCUCGACUGCACUGGUUCCCACGGUAUUUCUGUCGGCAGCUUGGGUCAAUACCAAGGGGAAACGGAUAUCGUCGAAGAUCUGUACAUCUAUAACAUCUCCAUGACAGAUGCAUCAGAUGUGGCCCGAAUCAAGGUCUGGCCUGGUGUUCCUGCUGAUACGUCAGGAUCAACCAGCGGUGGAGGACUAGGCCGCGUCCGCAACGUUACCUAUGAACACAUGCAAAGCGAGAAUAACGAUCACAUCAUUUCGGUCUCGCAGUGCUAUGAGUCGAAGAACCAAACGAUGUGCGAUUCAUAUCCUUCAAAACUCGUGAUUGAGGAUGUACUUUUCAAGGACUUUAAGGGAACGACAUCUAAGAAGUACGAUCCUGAGAUUGGAGAGUUGACAUGUAGUAGUCCGGAUGUCUGCCAUAAUAUCACUGUCCAAGACAUCAAUGUGACUCCACCCAGUGGUGACUCUCCCACUUUCACCUGCAACAAUAUGGGGAAUUCGAAUUUGGAGGACAUUACGUGUGCCUGA